GUCCCCGCUGAGCCUUCCUCUCCUUUCCUUUGUGUUUGCUCCCUUGUCUCCUCUGUCAGCACCUAGAGUCAGCGUGGGCUCUGAGUGCAGGAGAGGAGCUGUGUAAAUAGCAUCAUGCAUCCUUGGGUAGCCAUCCUGGGCCUCCUACUUCUGCCAGAUGGUGUAACCUCUUACCACCGAGUGACUAGAGUGGCGGGUCAGUCUGUCACUCUACCCUGCUACUAUAAUGGUGAAGUCACAAGCAUGUGCUGGGGCCGAGGGGCAUGUCCUUGGCUUAAUUGCGGAACUAACAUCAUCUGGACUGAUGGCUACAGAGUCACCUAUCGGAGGGAUGGACGUUACCAGCUAAAUGGACAUAUUGGUGGAAGAGAUGUGUCUUUGACCAUAAACAAUGCUGCCCUGUCUGACAGUGGCUUGUAUUGUUGCCGAAUUGAGGUGAGAGGGUGGUUCAAUGACAUAAAAACCACCCUAGAGUUGAGGGUAAAUCCAGCUCCACCUACAACAACGACCACCACCACUACUCCAAGAACCACUACCACCACCACCACUACUCCAAGAACCACUACCACUACCACCACUACUCCAAGAACAACCACCACUACAAGAAAGACAACCAUUACUACUUCUCCAAGAACGACGACCACUAUUCAAAAAACCACCACUACUACCCCAAAAACAACCACCAGGACUCCAACAACCACCACCACCUCCACCACUUCUCCAAGAACAACCACCACUACAAGAAAGACAACCAUUACUACUACUCCAAGAAUGACUACCACUAUUCCAACAACCACCACUACUACCCCCAAAACAACAACCGCCACAACUUCAACAACCAGCACCACCACUACUCCAACCACAGUGGUCACCACUGCUCCAACAACCACCACCAUUGCUAUGCCAUCAACAAUCAGCACCACCACUCCAAACCUGACGGUCACCACUGCUCCAGUGACAGCGAGGUCCUCUACUUCUCCUCCAGUGCCAGCACCCACAAGGGACCUCCAGCCAGCUUCUUUAUCUUCUCCAACUCAGACAGCAGAAACCCAGCCUACUACCGUGUAUGAAACAAACAUAACCAGCUCACCAUGGCACUCUUGUUCAACAGAUGGAAAUGGCACUGUGACACAGUCUCCAGAUCCCCACUGGCAUAACAAUCAACCUCCUGCGGCGCUGGCACAAGGAACAUGGAUGAGCACCAACAAGGGAGUCUACAUUGGAAUCUCUGUUACUGUUUUGGCAUUGUUGCUCAUGUUUGUGGUUUUCUGGAUUAGGAGAAGAUAUUUUUGCCUGGGUAGCAAGGUGGAGCUACUACGCGUGAUUCCAUUGAAAGAUUCUCACAUUGGAGCUUUGAAAAAUGCAGCUCUGAAGCCUAUCCAAGCAGAAGACAAUGUCUACAUUAUUGAUGACUAUCACUAAGUCCUGGAUCCAGAUUCUAAAGUGUUAUCCCUUGACUGUAGAAGACAGUGACCAGAUACCGUGUCAGAGUCCGUUCAAUCAGCUGCACAAUUUUCCAGUCAGUUUCCCAUGGCAUUGCUAUGAGUCAGGGACACUGGGUAGAGUGAUGCUAGCUCAACUGUGUAAAGUCAACCUCUGUCACAGAGUUCUAAUUUUUUAUACUAAAUUGGCUCCAACUUUCUGAUCAUUGCAGAGGUCCCUUCAAAGCAUGAAACAUACUUCUUAGAAUUGUACAUUCUCUUUAGAUCUCAUGAAUCCUGUUUUCCAUCAUGAAUUCUCAUUGGGAAGAUAGAAAAAUACACUUCUACCUCAGUUACCAAGGUUGUCAAGAAUACCUGAAUUCAACUUAGAAUCGGGACAUCUAGUCUGCGACUUAAAGGACUUAACAUGCAAGCAUUUCAUGAUUGUCCUUUUUUUUUUUUUUUUAAAUCAACUGACUUCGAAUGUGAUAUUUCUUAGGGUCCCCAAGGUUUCAAAUCAGGGUGUGUACAGAUUUUUAUUUACACAAUAGAAAAAUGGAGAUGAGUGUGAUUUUGCCAUUAUAGACAAAUUUGGUUUCUCAGGGUUCUGAAAUACAAGGCAUUAAAUGCUUUCUUUGGGAGGAGAAUGGUAUUUUAGCAGUUUGAAGAAGCAAUGGUAUUGAGUAGACCAUGAAGACACCAGGAGAAGAAAAUCAAUAGCCAUAUAAUUUAUGAUAUUUUUGCUACAUCAGUGCUACAGUUCUAGGUGCUUAUGUUGACAACUGGCAUUCUCUGAUUUUUAGGAUGAGGCAGGGCAGAAAUAAAUACAAGGAAAAAAGAGAGGGAGGGAGUAGCAAAAGAGGCUUUCUGUUUUAGAAAAUGGAGUUUGCAAAUAUAAUAGUAUUGUUUGAGAGUGUUACCAGUUUCUACAAAAUGCUAAACUGUC